CGCCGUCACCGCCGCAUGCUGACGCCGAUGGCCUCAGUUACAUUUCAACAGAGCUCGUCACCGGUCUGCUCUACAUUGUUGUGCAAUUUAUGUUCUUUUUAUUACAUUAAAAGGGAAAUUAUUUAAAACAGAGUGCGAUGGGUUUCCUAGAAGAGCGGGAUUUGAGCGCGGUGCCGCAGAUCCCCGAGUACUAUAAGGGGAAGACGCUCUUCAUUACCGGAGGAUCCGGCUUCAUGGGCAAGGUGCUGGUGGAGAAGUUGCUGUACUCUUGCUCGGAGCUGGACAAGAUCUACCUGCUUCUAAGAACCAAGAAGAAUGUCAGGCCAGAAGACAGGCUGCAGGAUAUCUUCUCUUCGCCUUGUUUCGAUCGUCUGAGGCAGGAAAGGCCUGGUCUAUUCGAGUCCAAAGUGUUCGUUGUGUCCGGCGACGCCAGUGAAAUAGGAUUAGGUUUAUCCGUAGAAGAUAGAGCUCUACUGGUGAAUCGCGUUAACAUCAUAUUCCACGUUGCAGCCAGCGUAAGAUUUGAUGACCCCCUGGAAGUUGCGGCGCGUUUAAAUCUGCGAGGCACGAGAGAAGUUGUAGAACUGGCAAAAGAAGUCAGGUUUUUGGAGGUGUUGCUGCACGUAUCCACAUCGUACGCCAACACCAACCGGGACCCUAUAGAGGAGAUGCUGUACCCGCCGCUGGCGGACUGGCGCGACACCCUGCAGGUCUGCGAGGAGACUGACCACUACACACUAAAGGUUCUCACUCCCAAAUAUCUCGGGGAGCUGCCCAACACGUACACAUUCACGAAGCAGCUGGCCGAGCACGUGGUGUACGAGCAGAGGGGACACCUGCCCGCAGUCAUCAUGCGACCCUCUAUAGUAAUAUCAACCCACCGAGAACCGAUGCCGGGUUGGAUCGAGAACUUCAAUGGUCCAGUGGGAAUCUUUGUCGCCAGUGGAAAAGGAAUACUGCGCAGUAUGUACUCGAACCCUGAAUUGGUAUCUGAUUACAUGCCCGUUGACGUAGCAAUAAAGGCCUUCAUAGCCGCCGCGUGGGCUAGGGGCACCAAACCGUUGGAUCCAUCGGAUGACAUCCCGGUGUACAACUGCUGCGCGGGCAACCUCAACAACAUCACAGUUGCCGCGCUGCUGGACCUGGGCCGGCGGGUGGUGGCUGACAUGCCGCUCAACGACGCGCUGUGGCCCGCAGGCGGCUCCAUCACCACAUAUCAAACUGUCUACUACAUCAAUGUGCUCCUCGUGCAUCUGCUGCCUGCGCUCUUCAUUGAUUUCAUUUUGUGGAUUGCGGGGAAGCCGCCUAUGUUAGUUAAAGUCCAACGCCGCAUCUACAUAGCGAACCUUGCACUUCGUUACUACCUGACGCAGCAAUGGACGUUCACCAAUAAAAACUUUGUGAAAUUGCGGAGUAGCCUGCAGGAAGCAGAUAAGGAAGACUUCUACUACGAGAUGGAAGGCAUCGACAAAGAAGAGUUCUUCAAACACAGCUGCAUGGGCGGCAGGAAGUAUCUGCUCAAAGAGAAAGAUGAAGAUCUGCCCAAGGCCAAAGCACAUUAUCACAGGAUGAUUAUCGUGGACAUUGUGGUGAGGUGCUUGUUCUAUGGAUUUGUUUUGUGGCGGCUGCUGCACGUCACCUUCGUCCAAGACUUACUACAAAAUAUUUACACUUUAAUUUUUGAGUAAUUAUAUACAUAUAUUGUUUGACAAUGACUUUAUUAUCAAUCAAAACAUCAUAAACACAAUGAUGACCUAGCAAGUGGUCUUAACGAGCCGUCUCAGCGGAAUUAACUUGCCAUUUUCUAGUACAAUAUCAUUGCUCAAUUUGACAUAAUAUGUGAUGACUUGAGCGUGUGAUACGUUAAUAAUUUUUAUUUAAAUAUAAUAAAACAAAAUUUCAGUUUU